ACUUCCUGCGUGUGUUCCGCGCCUCUUGCUCGCGACUGUUAAUGGCGGGCGGUGGCUACUGAGCGGGCCGCAGAUAACCGCUGCCCGCCCCGCGGACGUCUCCCCGGGCCCCCGCUUUCUGCACGUCGCCGGCGUCGGAGCUGUUCACCAGCAUGUCCGUGGUGCCGCCCAACCGCUCGCAGACGGGCUGGCCCCGGGGCGUCAACCAGUUCGGCAACAAGUACAUCCAGCAGACCAAGCCCCUCACCCUGGAGCGCACCAUUAACCUGUACCCGCUUACCAAUUAUACUUUUGGUACGAAGGAGCCCCUCUAUGAGAAGGACAGCUCUGUUGCAGCCAGAUUUCAGCGCAUGAGGGAGGAAUUCGAUAAGAUUGGGAUGAGAAGGACUGUAGAAGGGGUUCUGAUUGUGCACGAACACCGCCUGCCCCACGUGUUACUGCUACAGCUGGGGACAACUUUCUUCAAAUUACCUGGUGGUGAACUUAACCCAGGAGAAGAUGAAGUUGAAGGACUAAAACGCCUAAUGACAGAGAUACUGGGACGUCAAGAUGGAGUCCUGCAAGACUGGGUCAUUGAUGACUGCAUUGGGAACUGGUGGAGACCAAAUUUUGAACCUCCUCAGUAUCCGUAUAUUCCUGCACAUAUAACAAAACCCAAGGAACAUAAGAAGUUGUUUCUGGUUCAGCUUCAAGAGAAAGCCUUGUUUGCAGUCCCUAAAAAUUACAAGCUGGUAGCUGCACCAUUGUUUGAGCUGUAUGACAAUGCACCGGGGUAUGGACCCAUCAUUUCUAGUCUUCCUCAGCUGCUGAGCAGGUUUAAUUUUAUAUACAACUGAAUUCCUGUACACAGAAGUAAAAGAAGCCGUCUCUGUGAGCACAGCUUACACGUGUAGAAGAAUAACUGUAGAAAAAGUUUUGGUUUUCUCUUGUUCCCUAAAUUGCCACCACCUUCCUGUUUAUAGAGUAAAUUGAGUAUGAACUAGAUAGUGGUGUAAACAUGUGACAGUGUGACAGUGUUCAUUAACUUUUGGUUCUACUCAUACUUUUUUUUUUUGUACAUUAAAGAAAGUGAAUUUCUUAUUUGUAUUUUUUUUUAACGUUUCUCAUUAAACUCUGAAAAGUC